GCCUGUCCAUUAGAUUGGAGUGUUUGGUGAACCUCAGUUGGUAUUUCCAACAGCUGAUUGCAGGAAACCAGGUCACCACCGCAUUGUUGUCAGGGCUAGCGCCAUGAACACGCUGGGACACUCGCCCAACGCCAAGUUGGACAAGACGAUCUUGGAGAAAUUCCUCCGUUUGCCGCAGCCGGAAAACAAGAUCCAGGCGACGUACAUCUGGAUCGACGGGACGGGCGAGUACGUGAGGGCCAAGGAUCGCACCCUCACCUUCGUGCCGAAGACGCCCAAAGAUUACCCCAUCUGGAACUACGAUGGCAGCUCUACGUAUCAAGCCGAGGGUUCGAACUCUGACACUUUCCUUAACCCUGUCGCCGUGUACAAGGACCCGUUCAGACCCGGAGCAAACAACGCUCUGGUGCUGUGCGACACAUACAAGCACAAUAAGGAUCCCACCGCCUCAAAUCACCGACAUACUUGUCUGGAGGCAGUGGAGAGAGCCGUGGACACGAAACCCUGGUUCGGAAUAGAGCAGGAGUACACCCUACUGGACUCGGACCUACGCCCGUUUGGAUGGCCAGCAAAUGGCUUCCCGGGCCCUCAGGGACCCUACUACUGCGGUGUUGGGGCUGACAAAGUGUAUGCGCGGGAGAUUGUAGAGGCGCACUACAGGGCGUGUCUGUAUGCAGGCAUUGAUAUCGCAGGCACAAAUGCCGAAGUGAUGCCCGCUCAGUGGGAGUUCCAAGUGGGACCGGGCGAAGGUAUAAAGUGCGCGGACGACCUCUGGGUCGCCAGAUACAUCUUGCACCGAAUAGCUGAAGAGUAUGGAGUUAUCGUGACAUUCGACCCCAAACCGAUGACUGGCAACUGGAAUGGGUCAGGGGCUCACUGCAAUUUCUCGACUGUGGCCAUGCGAGAAGAGAACGGCAUCAUAGAGAUUGAGAAGGCGAUAGACAAGCUGUCGAAGCAACACCUGCGUCACAUCCAGGCCUACGACCCAAAGGGGGGGAAGGACAAUGUUCGCCGCCUGACAGGACACCACGAAACCUCUUCCAUCCACGAUUUCUCUGCAGGUGUUGCCAACCGUGGUGCUAGUAUUCGUAUCCCACGCGGUGUUGCUGAGGACAAGAGAGGUUACCUGGAAGAUCGCCGGCCAUCGUCAAAUUGCGACCCUUAUUCCGUGUGCAAUGCUCUGAUCCGUACUUGCAUACUCGACGAGUAGAACUUGGGAAUGAUUUCACCCGUUGCCUGGAACUACAGACUGUUAGUUUUAUUGCAUGUUGAAAUGUUUUAUUAUACGCCACGUGAUGUGAGACACGAUCAGCACAAAAUGUAUCCAAUACUCACGUCGUGCAACACGUCACACAUCAGUGUCGAGCAAAAUGUAUUCUUAUCAGAUUGUAUUUUAUCACUACCAGAAAAUUCAUUCCACAGCUGUGAAUCAGUCUGCUGUAAUGUUCUGCGCUGUUUUUUUAAAACAAUUUGUUGUGAGUCGGUAACUUUGAGUGGCAGCGUUGGCUAGACUGUCGCGAGAAACAAGUGAGGCGCUUGAAAUGGCUCUGUAUGUUAAAGUGCAGUAUUCUGCCCCCAAAUGUAAUCUUUUUUUUAUAAAUACGGUAAAUUAACGAAGAAGACCACUAAUUCUGUUUGUUAGCCACGCUGAUUCUCUCGCGUAGGUUUGAGCCCUUGUAUAUUCUCCUAAUUCAGAAACAGUGCCUGACUGUAACAGAUGUAAGACUAAAUUUUGUAUGAAUCAUGUUGUUUUCAUAUUUUGAAUAAGGGUGAUGGAGAUUUUUUUCUUACAGGUUUAGUUAAAAGCAGCACAACCUCACUCGGCAGGGAAGGGAUCUCUGUCGCGUGACACUUCAGUUUAAUGUAUAUUCAAUUAAAAAAAUGGCUUGGAGGUUGUGGAUAGACUUUACAAGAAAGUUUGCAGUGUGCACGGCUGACCACAAAUAAACUUGGUUUUUUACAUGUGUAAAUGCAUGAAACGUGCGUCAGUAUUCGUAGGUCGUUAUUACAAAAGACAAUAAUGUGAUGAAUAUGUAUAUAAUAAAAGUUGCUCAUAAAAUGUU